GCCAGUUUUCUACCAUGUCUGGACGCGGCAAGCAGGGCGGCAAGGCUCGCGCCAAGGCCAAGACCCGCUCGUCCCGCGCCGGCCUGCAGUUCCCCGUGGGCCGCGUGCACCGGCUCCUCCGCAAGGGCAACUACUCGGAGCGGGUGGGCGCCGGCGCCCCGGUCUACCUGGCGGCCGUGCUGGAGUACCUGACGGCCGAGAUCCUGGAGCUGGCUGGCAACGCGGCCCGCGACAACAAGAAGACGCGCAUUAUCCCGCGCCACCUGCAGCUGGCCAUCCGCAACGACGAGGAGCUCAACAAGCUGCUGGGCCGCGUGACCAUCGCGCAGGGCGGCGUCCUGCCCAACAUCCAGGCGGUGCUGCUGCCCAAGAAGACCGAGAGCCACCACAAGGCCAAGGGAAAGUGAGGCAUUUGACCAAAACCACUUAAG